AUGCCACUGCGGGUGGGCUACAUUGGGCUUGGCCUCAUGGGGAGGUCGAUGGCCGCCAACAUCCUCAAGGCCGGCUUCCCGCUGACGGUGUUCAACCGCACCAGCGCGAAGAUGGAGGAGUUGGUGCGGCAGGGCGCGCAGGCCGCGACCUCCCCGGCGGACCUCGCGUCGAAGGUGGACAUCGUCAUUACGAACGUCUCCGACUCCCCCGAUGUCUACGAGUUGGUGUUCGGCAAGGACGGCGUCCAUGUGGGCAUUCGCGCGGGGAGCAUUUUCAUCGACAACAGCACAAUCAAGCCGUCCACCGCCCGAGAGAUCGCGGAGCGGAUGUGGGCGGAGAAGCAGGUGCGCUGCCUCGACGCCCCCGUCUCUGGGGGCGACAUCGGCGCCAAGAACGGCACCCUCACCAUCAUGGUCGGCGGGGACGAGGCGGCGGCGCAGAAGGCCCUGCCUGUGCUGCAGGCGAUGGGCAAGAAGAUCACGUACAUCGGCGCCAGCGGGGCCGGGCAGGUGUGCAAGGCCGUCAACCAGAUCAUGGUGGCGGCGCAGAUGGUGGCCAUGGGAGAAAUGCUCGUCUUUGCGGAGAAGUGCGACGUCGACGCCGAGCGAGUGAUUGAGGCGGUCAAGGGUGGGGCCGCGCAGUGCUGGACGCUUGACGUGAAGCCCCCGCGCCUCUUUACCGGCAACCGCGAGCCCGGCUUUAAGGCCGCGCUACAGAGCAAGGACCUCGGUAUCGUGAUGGACACCGCCAAGGAGUUCGGGGCGCCGCUGCCGAGCACCGCCGUCAACGCCCAGCUGUUCCAGUCGAUGGUGCAGAACGGCGAGGGCGACAAGGACAACUCAGCGGUGCUCGGUGUGCUGGAGCGCCUGGCGAACUGCCACAUCAAGGAAAAAGCAAACACAAACUGA